AGAGGCAAUAACAGUAUUUGAUUUUAUGUAACCAGUUAUAGUUAUAUAAUAAAUUUACUUACUUUUAGUUAGUAAUUACAAAUAAUAUUAAACAAAUGCAUAACAUACACUAAAAAACAAACAAACUAAACAAUCAAAUGACUGGCAGCAACGGCUGACAAACAAAACCCGCAAAAUUAAAGUAAAAUAUCCUAAUUUAAAUAAAGUGCAAAUACUUUAACAGAAUUUUUCAUGAAACAUUUUACAAAAAAACAAAAACAGUCUUUAUUUUACAGUCUUUUCCUGAAUUAUUAUGAUCAAACACCUUCACUGUGGAAUGUAAAUCUCUUGCAGUUAAUCAUUUCAGUAACACAUGUAUGAACUAACGCACACACAGGCAUCACUGCAUUGAUAACUACACAGUUAAUGCUUUUCAAACAAAACAACCUGAAGCACAACAUCAAUGUUUUCUGGUCCAUCCUCAACUGAAGCACAGGCACUACUCUUCAGCACAAUGGUAACCUCACAAAACUCAGACAAUACAACACUUUAAAUCCCAUCAUAAUAGAACAUUAAACACUAACAGAUCUCUCUAGAUCUCAGCAGAGGAUGAUUACACAACUACAAAACAACAGUUUCACUUAUUACAAACCAGUUUGACUUUAUUUCUUUCAUACAUGCACAAAGGUUUUUAUUGAGAAUUAACAGAGGUUUAGAUGUCUUAUUGACAAUAAUGGUUUAGUUUGAAGUCAGCAUUAUGGUUUUUUAGUGUUUUUGUUAAUUGGGCUCUUGACUUAUUAAUAUAUAUAGUAAUAACUAUGUGUUUAUAAAACAUGUUUGUUGAAGCAUGGUGAGCCAACGUAAUUAUCAUCAUCAAUUGCUUAAACACACUUCUUGAAAUUGUGCCUCCUUUUCUCAAAACUCUAAACACAAAUCCAUAACUUCUAACCAAAUUCCCCAAACUUCCUAUUUUCAGGUCAAAAUGAAGCUCUCCACUCAAAACCAUUCAAUCUUGCUGAAAAACCAAACUCAUGCCCUCAAAAAAAAAAAAAACAAACAAACACACAAGCCCUUAAAAAACACACACACUACAAUAUAGUCUUACACACUAGUGAGAUCAAUUCAAAACACUUUUACAAAAACCUCCUUUUGGCAAUCAGGUAUCAUUUUACAGAUCAAUGUCUAACACAGUUAUACAACAUAAAUAGAGCAGAUAUAUGUUAUAUAUAGCAGAUACAGUGAAAUUCAACAGUAAGCUUUUAGAAAAGUUUAUCUUCAUUACACUGUAAAGAGAUCUUUCAGUAGAUGAAAAGCACUAGAAGAGAAAAGUUGAAAUACUAAAGAAUUGAACAUAAAUCACAGAACAGUAAAAAAAAAAAAAAAAAUAAACCAAUUCAACAUCCUCGACCAAAUUGCAUUACAGUACUGGUAAUGACCAUAUUUGCCAUACUAGUUUCUUAGUCUUCUGACAAAAGACUUUCUCUCCCUCCCCUCAGUUCUUCAAAAAUAUGAAACAUAAGAAGUACUUAUGGCUACAAAUCAAUUUGACAAUUAUGCGUUUGAGGGCGAACAACAUGUGCUCCAGUAUUUACUGUACAUAGAAUGGUGAAAUUUCUCUCAUCUAAACUGCUGCUACUGUGUACUGUAAUUAUACUGUAUGUGUAAGUAGUAUAAAAACCCUGUAGAUGAGCCUGUAGACCAACUGCCCUCAUGGUCUACACAAGAACACGGUCAACUAUAGUGAUUUGUACUUCAAUGUCCUUUGACCCAGUCACCUAUUUAUAUUAUCCUGAGAUUCUGAUUGGUGUGUCAUCAGUUUUGCUACUCGAUGUUUACACAUGGAUAAAUGUGUGCUAUUUGAGUUAAUUAUAUUAUGUGUUUUCUGAAUGAGAACAUGGUUAAACCUGUGCUAAAUGAUGGCAUUUUUUGUGUAAAAAAUUCUGAGACUAUAAUACACAAUAAUAUAAGAUUAAUAAGUUAUGUAAAUGAUUAGAUUUUGGAUAAAAUCAAUGAAUUUGACCACUACAUGAUGAUUACUGUAUUUCAUCAUCAUUAGUUAGCCAACUUCACCUGAUCACAUUUUCUACAUUACACACCGGGUGCAAUGCGACACCAGGAACGACGCAAGUGUUUUUUGUUAGUUUCAGCUCGACACGGUUAUCAUUUUCACGUCCAGCGCCCACGUUGUUUAAAUAGCAAAUGUAUUCACACCCAUCCAUUCACCCAUGGCGCAUUCAGGCGCAUUGUUGCCUUGUCGCUAUUUUGAGGCAACUGAAAACAAAAAAUAAAAAAUAAAUAAAAUACUACAACUGAAAACAACUGCGCUAUCGACCAGCAAAAACCUGGUCUAAAGUCAAUGGCGCAGUCAUUUUCAGUUGUAUUUUAUUUAUUUAUUUAUUUAUUUUUUGUUAUUUAAAGGGCUUGUUAGUAAUAUGCGCCUAUAGGCGGGUGUACAACGCGCGUAUACUCUGCUUGUUACACACAUGGACAUGCAGCAGCAUGCCAAAUAUUAAAAAUAAAAGGAUUAUAAUGUAAAUUAUUAUUAUUACGUACAUAAAGAUAAAAAUGCCUGUCAUAAUGGAUAGUCAUUGCAUGUAUCAGUAUUACCUAUUUGCAGUAAGGACGAAUGAAGGCUUAUUAUUAGGGCCCUAUAUCAUCAAGUAGUGUCCGACAUCACCUCAUGUUCUCUUAAAUUCUAAAGAAUUUUAAAAAAUGUAACCUUAAACAUUAUGGAGCACCAAAUGAUUAGCAGUAUAAAACUUUCUCUUCUCUAUGGAUUAGUAUCAGUGGCAGUGCCAGUUCUGUGCUGUGAUUGGUCGGCUGACAAGUCCAUCGAGGCCUGGCAUUUGUAGUACAACUGAUCGACUGAAGGGUAUAUAGUUCAGUAUGUAACAGGUCGGGGAAAGUCUUUUUUACAGUGCUGUGUGCCUGUAUACAGCAGAGGUCCUCUUCACCUUUCUGUGAGUUCAAGUUUUCAAAGAUGUGUAUUAACCUUAAUGAUCAUGAUUGCUUUUAAUGAAAAUCAUUAGAACAUUUUCUGUCUGUCACUAUGUUGCUUGCCUUAAAAUAUAUGUUGUACAGAAAUGCCAUGCCAUUUCAAAUGAUUUCUUAUCGCAAUGACUAAACACACUUAUUUCUGCCCUGACAGGAUGAACACAAGAUCAGUGAUUGAACUGACCAUGAAUCAAGAUUUCUCUGAAAACAGGAAUAUUUCUACACCAUCUUAUUUCUACAUCAGUGGUUUUUCUGGUAUACCUCACAUGAGAUACUAUUAUAUAUUUCUGUUUUUUGUUUACAUAAUUUCUUUGCUUGGAAACUCCUGCCUCAUGUUUGUUAUAAUUAUGGACCGAAAUCUUCACACUCCUAAAUAUAUGUCUGUCUUUAACUUAUCACUGACAGACAUUUGUGAGAGUACUGCUGUAAUCCCUCAGCUACUGGACACAUUUUUGUUUGGGAAUCAGCUGAUCCCUUAUGGAUUAUGCAUGUCCAAUAUGUUCUCCAAUAUUUUAUUUUUUGCAGUGCAGUCACUGACUCUCGCUGUUCUCUCGUAUGACAGAUUAGUAGCUAUUUGUUUACCACUGAGGUAUCAUAUGAUUGUGACCCAUAGAUCAAUGCUUGUUAUAAUUAGUUCUUCAUGGACACUGGCACUGUUGCUAACAAUAACUGGAGCAAUUUUCAUGAGCAGACUUUCUUUCUGCAAAGUUAUUGUCACCGUUAACAGUUUCUACUGUGAUCAUGGACCUAUAUAUCGUUCUGCAUGUAACAAUAAUUUCCCAAGUUCUGUGAUUGCCAGUUUGUUCCCGGCAAUUAUCCUUGGUUUCCCAGUAUUUUUUAUUAUCUUUUCAUAUACAUGCAUAGCUGUAACAUUGUUUAGAAUCACAACCCCACAAGACCGUCAAAGAGCCACAAAGACAUGUACUGCUCAUUUAAUAUUAGUGGCUAUAUUUUAUGUUCCCAUCACUUUUACAUAUGCUCUUUCAUCCAUUAUUAACACUAACACAAGGAUCAUCAAUCUCUCUCUGACCACUGUGCUUCCUCCAAUGCUUAACCCUAUAAUCUACACAUUCAUGACAGAGGAGUUCAUGGUGUCUGUGAAAAGACUUCUUAAAAGACGAAUCACAUUUUUACCUUGGAAGUAAACCUUUUCUCCCAAUUUAAAUAUACCAUUAAUUUUAUAUUCUCUGUUGUGAAGUUCAUUUUUAAAACAGUUCUUCAUACAAUAAAUGCGAUUUAAGUCAGUCUUUUAUUUUGAAGCACAAAAUUGCCAUUCAUCAUUUCUAUAGGCAUUUUAGAAUUUUUUUCAAUAAAGAGUUCUAAGCUUUGAAUCAAUCUAAGCAGUACUGAAACAUUUGUAACAUUUAAAAACAAAAUCCCAUAUUAAAGGUGAAGUGUGUAAUUUCAAUUAUUUAUUCAUCUCAUUUUUUUUUUUUUUCUUGUGAGUUUAAACAAAGGGGGAUGUUUUGUUGAUUUGUGUGGGUGGCUCUCAUUGUAGAAUAUAUGUGCAUUAAAUAUGCAACAGUGCUCCUCCAUCAAUAUUAGUAUUGUAAUUUCACUGUUUUUCUGUAAAAUACAAUUAUUAUUAUUAUUAAAUAGUUCAUUUUUAUAUUGCAGUACAAUAGUAUUAUUAUAUAUUUCUUUAUGCGUUUAUUAUUUUUAUACUUUAAUAAACUAAAAAUAAUAUUGUUAUAAUAAUAACAACUAUUAUUAUAUUGUAUAUUUAUAUUCAUUGGGUCCCAUAAAAAAUAAAAACAUUGUGGAUGAAGUAAAGAGAUUAACUCCGUCUGUAAUGUACUCACAACAGCAACAUGUAGUGUGAGAAGAACAGUGAUCCGAUGACUUUUAAAAUUGUGUAGUGUCUUCCCGGCAUUAGUCUUGGAGUUUGUUAACUUAAAAACUUUGAUUUAACUGAUUGUCUCAAUUUUUUUUUUAAGUUCUAAAAACUCUUUACGCUGCCAGAUCUGAGCCACAAGCAGGCCAUAGCAAUGCCACAUGUCGGCCAAGAGCAAAGAAAUAAAUCAGAACUGGACCUUAUCUGAGCCACAAAAUCUUUCUAUAUUACUCAUAGAAUCAUCUUAGCAUUAACAAGCAGAGUCACUGAAGGAAAGGAGAGAACAGAAAAAAGAGACCAACAGAAACACAAGAGCUACAACUGACUUCAGCCACAGCCUUAGAUGAAAUCAACUGAAGAUAAAAGAAGACAUUAAAUCUCUCCAGAUCUCAGCUGAGGAUGAUUAAACAACUCCACAAAUAGCAUUACAGCUUCACAUAUUACUAACCAGAUUGACUUUAUUUCUGUCAUUCAUCUACAGAAGUUCUUAUUAACAGAAGUUUAACACUCUUUUGUUUCAUUUGAAGUCACCAUAAUGGUGAUUGCUGUUUCCAUUAGUUGGGCUCUUAACUCUUAUAAUGUGCUUGUUUUCUCUGGCUACUGUGACAGUGUGUUUGUCAGUCACAUUUGCAGUAGUAAAGAAAGCGGAAAUGAGAUCAGAUGAUGGUUUUAUAACCAUCAUAAAAUAGCCUGGAUCACUGAUUUCAUUAGAAUGUAAUAGCUGUGUUGUACCAUUAAUACAUUUAAAUUGCAAACUCUGUUUUAUUGCAAUAUGAGAUCACACUGUAUGGUUGAAAUCAGUUAGAAAACUAAAGAUAAACCCAUGAGCAGAAAGCAAUAAACUACACUGACAAACACAGAUAUGAGCAAUCAGCUUACAAAUCUCAACAACGGUGACAACAAAAUAUUCAGACAAUCAGAUCAACUCUGGACAUCCCAAAAAGCUACUAAAAGACAGAACAAAAACUACAGCAAAAAAUAAAAGCAAAUAGUUAGAAUUAAAGAAAAUAAUAGGACACUUCAACUGCAUAAUUUAUUCAUGCUGUGAUGCAUGCUGGGAGUUUUGUAUUAUUGAUCCCAGCAUGCAUUGCGGCAUGACACUUUUGAUUGUCACCAUAGUUAAAAUUCAUGUGCUGAUUUUUGAUGUCUUUGUGUGUCAUCUUAAAAACAUUUUUUUUUUAUUUUAAUUUUUUAAGGCCUUCCACACACACACGAAGAUUUUAAGCCGAUUUGCACCCCUGAAUGAUCAGGGGGCGUGGCCCGAUUUGAGGCUUAUCGUAAACUAUUUUUUUUGUCCGAAAAAUCCUCUAUUGUGUGGUGUCAUUACUAUUAUUUAACUGCUCCCAGUUGAGACGCAGUGUCCCCGAUUCUUUAGCUUAAAUUUGGCAGCCACAAACAUGCCUCAAAAGUGGAGUAUUGAGACAGAUCACCCAUGUUCCUUUUUUUCUAUUUUGUUUUUUCACUCUAAAGCAGAAUGUGUGGCAGGAGAGCCUGCUGACAACGUCGAUUGUCCUCCAUUUGUUUUUCUUCUCAAGUCAUGUUUGAUGUCACUUAUGUCACUCCAGUGAGAAUAUUCUUCCAGCAUCACUCCAUCUCCACCUUUACCCAGCAGGCACAGGAUGUACUCCAACAUCGAUCAGACAUUGGAUUUUGGUGGAAAAUGAAAAUCAGGUUGACAUCUUAAUCCAUUGUUUGUUUGAUGUCAAGGUCCAAUGUUAGGCAGAUGUUG